AUGUUCACCUUCUGCCCGCUCCAGGGCGCUCUCUCGGAGUCGCUCGCGUCGCAAUCUCUCCUGGAGCUCGAUGGAGGGGUGAAAGUGCUUGUUGACAUGGGAUGGGACGAGUUGUUUAGCAGCGAUAAGCUCGAGGAGCUGGAAAAACAGGUUCCCACCCUCUCGCUGAUUCUCCUCACACAUGCCACGGUGUCGCAUCUUGCCGCAUAUGCCCACUGCUGCAAGAACAUCGCUCUCUUCACUCGCAUCCCCGUCUAUGCGACUCGACCCGUCAUCGAUCUCGGCCGAACGCUCACCCAAGACCUCUACUCUUCUACUCCCGCUGCCGCCACGACGAUUCGCCAGAGCUCGCUCUCCGAGACGGCAUACGCAUACUCACAAACCGUCACGACGGCCCAGAACCUGCUUCUGCAGUCCCCUACACCCGAAGAAAUUGCUCGAUUCUUUUCUCUCAUCCAGCCGCUCAAAUACUCACAACCCCAUCAACCUCUCUCAUCGCCGUUUUCUCCUCCGCUGAAUGGGCUGACCAUUACCGCGUACAACUCUGGCCACACCCUCGGUGGCACGAUAUGGCACAUCCAGCACGGGCUGGAAUCCAUUGUUUAUGCAGUCGACUGGAAUCAAGCACGUGAGAAUGUGUUUGCUGGAGCUGCUUGGCUUGGUGGUGCCGGAGGUGGCGGUGCAGAAGUCAUUGAGCAGCUGCGCAAGCCUACAGCUUUGAUCUGCAGCUCUCGUGGUGCGGAUAAAACCGCGCAGGCCGGUGGUCGUGCGAAGCGAGACGAACAGCUGAUCGAAAUGAUCAAGACGUGUGUUAGUCGAGGCGGCACGGUUCUCAUCCCCGUAGACUCAAGCGCCAGAGUUUUGGAGAUUUCCUAUCUCCUCGAGUAUGCCUGGAGGACUGAUGCCGCAAACAAGGACGGCGUCCUCAAGUAUUCAAAGCUAUACCUAGCAGGCCGAAAUGUCUCAAGCACCAUGAGAUACGCGCGGAGCAUGCUGGAAUGGAUGGACAACAAUAUUGUUCAGGAGUUUGAGGCCUUCGCAGAGGGGCAGCGAAAGGUCAACGGAGGUAGUGAGAAGAAAGAGGGAGCUCCCUUUGAUUUCAAGUACUUGCGAUUGCUGGAACGAAAAGCCCAAAUUACGAAGCUUUUGAGUCAAAAUAUUGAGAAUGGGGAAAUGCAGGGACGUGUGAUCCUCGCCAGUGAUGUUAGCAUGGAUUGGGGAUUCUCCAAGGAUUUGGUAAAGGGUCUGGCCAAGGACUCUCGAAAUCUGGUCAUCUUAACAGAGCGACCCAACUUAGCCAAGGAUGAUGCUCCCUCCAUUUCCAGGACAUUGUGGGAAUGGUGGAGAGAAAGAAGAGAUGGCAUUUCCACAGAGCAGGCCAGCAGCGGAGAUAGCCUGGAAAUGGUCUACAGCGGCGGUCGUGAAUUACAAGUUCGUGAAGCUCGCCGUGAACCUCUGGAAGGAGACGAUCUCGCCAUCUAUCAACAAUGGUUGGCAACUCAGAGACAGCUGCAGGCAACGCAGCAGGCCGGUGGAGCAGGUGCGCUGGAAGCAUCUGCUGAUGUUGUUGAUGAUGCCUCAUCCGAAUCAUCAUCCGACUCCGAAGACGAAGGUGAACAACAGGGUAAAGCGCUUAAUGUGUCUGCUACAAUGGGCCAAGCGGGGCGUAAGAACGUGGUUCUCAAAGAUGAGGACCUAGGUAUCAAUAUUUUGAUCAAGAAAAAGACGGUCUUCGAUUUCGACACACGUGGUAAAAGGGGCAGAGAACGCUCGUUCCCCAUGGCCAUUAGAAGGAAGAGGAACGACGACUUUGGCGAGCUGAUUCGCCCAGAAGAUUAUCUUCGAGCGGAAGAAAAGGAAGACGAGGCUCUUGACAAUGCCCAAAUCGCCGCUGAAGACGACAAGCUCGGCAAGAAGCGCAAGUGGGAUGAUGUCGCCAAGCAGGCAGCCGGUGCCAACAAACGCCCCAACACGAACCGAGCAGUCGCAGCAGAUGAUGCCGAUGCCAUGGACCUAGCCGACGGGGCCGCCACGGACGAAUUGGACUCGGUCGAGGAUACCGAGCCGGAGGAACCCAACGGCCCAUGCAAGCUGGUGUACACGACAGAAACAGUGGCAGUCAACCUACGGAUUGCCAUGAUAGACUUUAGCGGACUGCACGACAAGCGAAGUCUAAACAUGCUGAUCCCCUUAAUCCAGCCACGAAAGCUGAUUCUCGUGGGAGGCAAUCGAGAAGAGACUACAGCCCUCGCGGCAGACUGUCGAGCCGCGCUGGCGUCCGACGGAGACCGCUCCGUCGAUGUGUUUACACCAGAAGUCGGCACGUGGGUAGACGCCAGCAUGGACACAAACGCCUGGGUGGUGAAGCUCGCCGACCCUCUGGUGAAGAAGCUCAAGUGGCAAAACGUCCGCGGUCUCGGCAUCGUCACCAUCACAGGCCAACUCCUCGCCUCGGCCCUGGCCCAGGAAGCAGACGGGCAGACGCACGACGACGUCGCCAACAAGAGGCAAAAGACGGAGCCGCCAACAUCCACCGCCGUUGCGCUCACCAACGCAGCCGACACGGCCUCGAUGCCCACUCUGGACGUCCUGCCCGUGAAUCUCAUCUCCGCCGCCCGAUCAGCCGCCCAGUCCCUCCACGUCGGCGACCUGCGCCUUGCCGAUCUACGCCGCGCAAUGCAAGGGGCGGGCCACUCGGCUGAAUUCCGUGGCGAGGGCACGCUCGUCGUCGAUGGCUCAGUGGCAGUCCGCAAGACGGCCGAAGGACGCAUCGACGUGGAGAGCGUAGGUCUACCGCUCGGCGGCAAAAGGAGCACGCUGUACGAGGUGAAGAGGGCGAUUUACGAUAAUCUGGCCGUCGUGGCUGGUGCAUAA